AGUAACAACAGUGUCACUUUACAGAAUGGCAAACUGGGAUAUUUUGGUAGACUCGGCACGUCUAAAUAACUCAAUAAUGCAGUAUUUACGAAAUACUGGAACAUCACUAGAAAUGGACAGCCAGUCAGAUAUGCUGUUUCAUACAGCAGGAAACACUAAUGCCUCCUUUUGUUCAAGUGACAACAUACAGUCUUGUGUGUGUUUGUUAAACCAGGAGUUGCAGGUGCUGGGUUUUCCUGUAAUCCAAGAAGACUUGGACGUCGUGAUGAUUCUCAACAACCUGCAUGACAUUCUUCGACUUUAUCAGAGAAGUGUUCGAGACAGAGAGGAGCUGACUGACAGACUUCACAAGACAAUAGCUGAAAAGGAUCAUUUUCAAUCUAAAACUAAACGGCUACGAGAAGAGAUUGAAACUCUUGAUCGUAACGUUGCCCGAGAACAGGAAUUGAAGCGACAGCUGACAAUACAAAACAAAACCAUGAGCCAGAAAUUAAAGAAAGAAAAGGACGAGGUUAAGAAACUGCAGUCAUUCAUUCACAGAGAAUCUCAACAAGCAAGUCACCGAGUGAAGAAGCUGGAGAGACAGGUCGUCAAGUUGUCUGAUAGACUUCACGAUCAAAUGAGUGAGAAAAAUCCACUCAGAAAAUUUGGUAUUGGUAUUGCUAAUCCCAUACGCACAGAUGGCCGAAGAUCAACAUGGAAAACAGGCCAGAAUAAACAGGAGCUGGAGCUCCAUCAACAGAUAGUCUCCAAGUACGAGGAGAGACAGCAGAAUCUGUGUGUGGAAAUAGCCGAGCUGCGUGACUGUCUCGUUAGCAUGGAGAGGGAGCUGCUGUCUGUACUCAAUCGCAGUGACAACCCCUUUCGGCUGCACUCACCACAGAAUAGGCUUGGUGAUGUGUCCACAUCAACUGAUGAAGAACCGGAUGACAACGCCUUACCCAACAAUUCACCCAUUUGUCUAGAUGAUCUGCAGCCCAUGGAUGAACGUUGCAAGUAUACAGAAUCUGGUCACAGAGAUAUUGAAAAGAGAAUUAAAAAAACUUGUAACUUACUCAAACAGAAGAUGAUCUCCUCUCAGCAAAAUGGUAUAACCAAUGCUAGCUGUGUGAUGGAUACUACCAGCAUGCAGCAGUCUCCACCUAGGACACAACAGCGGUCAGGUAGUGUGAGUAAGGAGACUGACCGGCGGUCAGGUGAGAGGGAUAAGUUGUGCAGUCAGAUUCAGCAGUAUAAGGAGAUCAUUAGGCAGCAGGAACAACUGAUUCAGCAAUCUCUCCGGAACCAGUCUCAGUCUGUUGAAACCAGUUUUCUCCACGAGUCACAUCUCCACGGUGAAAAAGAAAGCCUCACGGAAGAGAAACGAAGUUUGUUGCAGGAAAAGGCCAAUUUUGAAGAAGAAAGAAGAACAUUUUCUGAAGUUGCUGCCACACUAGGAAAAGAGAAGGAGCGGGUGGAGCUGUUCAUGGAGCAGUAUAAGAACCUUGAUGCUUACAGUGCAUCUGACGACAGUGCUUUUGAAAGUUUACAUCACGGUUCCUCCCACCGGGUGAGAAUGUUACCAGCGACUCCUGUGUACUCGCACUCUUGUAGGACGAAGACUCCAACCACCAGUGAGUUAUACAGAUCGCUAGGCAUUACACCGUGCACGUCCUCGGCUGUCAAGAAGCUACGCAAGGCGACCAGCGAUGAGUCUGUGAUGGCUGCCGUCUCGAGGAAGUCAAGCACGUCCAGUCGAAACAGCAUGCCGUCGGAUUGCACAUCCAGUCGACACAGCAUGCCGUCAGAUUUCACAUCCUGUGUGUCUUCAUCACUGCAGAUGGACGCCAUGAAGAGAGCCUUGUUUCAGAGUGCUUCUAAAGUCACUGGGCGAAGUGACUUCAAUGAUAAUGGUUCAUGACAGGUCUUACUAAGUGAAGAUGAGAUGGGCCAAAUUUCCAAAGUCUGUUUAUGUCGCGUGUGAACUACAUAAAAUUACAAUGCAAAAACACCUGCGUUUAAGAUAAAACGGCUUUGUAAAUUCGGCUCUAUGUGUUCAAAGUAAAACUAAUACAUCUUGGUCAGAGAAAAACCCAAAAUGAAAACAUUAAUUGCAUAAUGACUGUUAAUUGGGAAAACCAUUAAGAAUGUUGGUUAAAGCCGAACUUUCUGCACAGGGCUUUAACUGUUACUUAAAACCUGAUUGAUAUUGCGUCUCAAAAGCUAGAUAUUGAACAAAUGGCCUUAACAUUGAUAGCAGCUCUCUGUGGUGAAUAGAUUUCAUGAAAUGUAUGAUAAACUUCAAUUUGUAUUUGGCUAACAGUUGGUUAAAGUUUGGAUGUGAAAUGGAAAUCAAAGAAUUUGUUUACUCUAUUUAAUCCGACCUAUUGAAAAGUCCGUCCCUUUAUCAAAUGGAUUUAAUGAUAUAUUUUUUUUAUAUGGAUGUAUUAUAUCGAAAUUACAGAAACAACUACACAAAGGUUCGAAAAUGCCAUAUUUUGUGGGGGGUUUUCAUUCUGACUGGAUAUGUACUCCAGCCCAUAACUGUUUGAACUAUGUGUAGUGUUUGUGAUAUUUUUCACUUUUGUAUUAUUUGUUCCUUGACUUUAUUUGCAAAUACAGUAUAUGCCUAUUAUUUUGACAACGAUUUUUUUUGUUGUGAAAUAUUCAACCGUAAUACCUUUUUUUCUGUGUUGAAUGCUUUAGUGGAUGUGGAAGCAGCUUUAUGCAGCUUUUUGGUGUUGGGUAUUUAAGUGACUGUAUCUAGUAGGCAGCAUUACAUGAUAUCUAUGCAUAUAUGUUUUGUACUUGGGAUAAAACUACAUAUGUGUUGCCUUCAUUUUCUGUUUAUUUGUCAGUCAGAUUAUAUUUGUUUUGAUACACUGCCAUAUUUCAUGUACUGGGGGAUAAGCCUGAUUUCCCAGUUUUAUGGAACUUACUAGCUGAUAUUAUAACUAACUACAGUCAAACUUCGAUAACUCAAUCUUGAAGGAGACGAGGAAAUAGUUCGAGUUUCAGGGAAUUUGAGUUUUCGAAAUUAAUAUAUAAGAGUUCAAAUUUGAAACUGCAUUGCAGCUAGUUGCAGCAUUGCAGCUGGUUUAUUUCACUUAAUAUUGUAAGAAGCGUGCGCUUCGCUGCCUACCUCUGAACUCUAAAAACUAUGCAUCCCCAGUUGAAAGGCGAAUUAAUAUAUCGGCCACCUCAACCCACGCCACCCCAUCUCAUCCCACCCCACUCCAGCUGUUGGUAUCUUCAACGCCUGUCGUACAUUCAUUUUGUGUAUAUUGUAAAAGUAAGUAAAUAAAACAAAAAGAAUCACCCAGAUGAAUUUGAAAUAUAUGCUUAAUAAUAUAGGCUACAUUUUAUUUCAUGACGAAAAAUGAAGGCAGUUACAUACAUAUAUAAAUAACAAAAAGUAAUGUUGACGUAUUUUGCAGAUGUCAAAACAUGGCGGAACAUAACUAGCAAAUAAAUAAGCAUUUGUUUUACACAAAAUUAUUUACGCUUCACACCUCUACUUUCUUUCUCCAAUCUGGCCACCCACUCUCCUUCCCCAGACUGCUCGAUCUGUGACGUAUCAAUUUUUAACAUAACUAUAUGACUGGUAACUGAUAAACAUUAACUGAUACAUAAAUAGAAAAGCUAAAGUAUGACACGAUUCACACCUUUGAGAGCAAAAACAAAUGGCGCUAACAAUUAUUACAAAUGCUCUUUGAAGUUAACCAGACUGUGUCUGUAAUUAAGUAUUACGUAGCGAGGCUCUCCACCACGGACAAACACCGACUACCAAACAUAGGAUCAUUUCGAUCCGUUUAGUCAGUGAUCUAUUAUUCUGUAAUUAUCACCCUAAUCUUCGACAGUUAAGACCACCUGAGAUAGGCGCGCUUCGCUUGUUUGACAUAUGAUUGACAAUACAUUCGUCUUUAAAUACUAUCGGCAACGACAGUUUGAUCAAUCCACACGCGUCGAGUUUUAGAGGUUCAUACUCUAUUAAAUCCUUUAUGGCGGGACCAAAGAAUUAAGUCGAGAGAUCGAGGUUAUCGAGAUAUCGAAGUUUGAGUUUUCGAAGGUCGUUAUUACUAGUUUGUAUAGCAACUCAGCCGGGACCGUUGCUUCAGAUCGAGAGAACGAUGUUUUCGAGAGAUCGAAGGUGGAGUGAUCGAAGUUUGACUGUAUAUCAGUACAUAUUGUACUCUAAGCAGGUCAGUACAUGUACAUAUGCUAAACUAAGCAGGUCAGUACAUGUACAUAUGCUACGGUAAGCAGGUCAGUACAUGUACAUAUGCUACGCUAAGCAGGUCAGUACAUAUGCUAAGUACAUCUGUUCGAAGGUUUUGUUUUAUGGUUUAUAAUAUUAUGCAAUGUUAAUCAUUUUUGUACAUUCUAAUUUUGUCAUUCAUCUUUUCAAGAUCUCUACAUGUAUAUAACGGUUUUUGAUUUUGUAAUUGUACAAACCUCAUUCCUUCCAAUAAUAUAUUAUGUAACUGAUCUCAAAUGUAUGGGUACAUAAAUGGAAAGAAAACCCAUUUUAUUAUUAAUUUUCAUAACAAUAUUUAAUAUUUUAGGGUUUUGUUCUUAAAAUGAACCAGAAAAGAGUUAAAGUAAAUGAGAUUUAAAAUGAUACCAAUUUUUAAUUACAAUAUGCAUGCAUUUUGUUGUACAAUUGUCAGUGGACCUAGUUUUCCCCCAUCCUAACCAGUGCCAAAUAGCCAGUACAUCAAAGGUCAUUGUGUGUAUUGUUGUACAUGCGAAUGUGCAUAUAUUAUAUAGACAAUAACUUACAGUUACGAGGAAUUACGGAUUAUCUGUCCCGAGAGAAAUUAAUGUUGUCAGUCACUCACUAAAGCUCGUGACUGACAUCAUUAAUUUCACAAGGGACAGAUAAUCCGUAAUUCCGAGAAUCGAGUGGGUUAUUGUAUUUAUUACCCAUAAGUAUAAAUAGUUUAGAACGUAAACUUUAAACUACUUACAUGACACAAAUUAUAUAAUAUACAAGACAUGAAAGUCUGAGGAAACUCAUGACGUCAUGAAAGAAAAGAAAUGACGUCAAAAGCUAUCUUUAGGUACUCAAAUCAAAUGUAAGCAAGAGAGGUCACAUUCGUAAUGAACUGAUGUUUUUAGUGGGAAGUGAAUGAACUACAAACAAAUUAGUUUUAUUUUAAAAUUAUUUAUCUAAACAUUCACUGUUUGUAAAAUCUCAUCAAUGAAAGACUUGACAGUCGAGGAAACCAAUGACGUCACCAUCGGGACGUCAUUGGGGAAAGAUAGCUUCUAUCUUUCCCUAGAGAAAUAUAGAAAAUAUAUUCACCCACAUCACACUGCUCAUAUGGGUAAUAAAAUUUAUUAUCCCAUAAUAUUCUGCUUUAUUGGUAGAAGUAAUCUUAUGUUGCAGCUGUGUGUGUCUCCUCUCUCUCUCUAUCAACCAAAUGUCGAAGUAACUCUAUGUUAGGCACCAAACAGCCAUACGUUAAAGUGACGGACCCUAGUUUUUAAACACUACAACAUAUUUUUCACUAUUAAGAGUUGUUUUUCAUAAGUUAAAUUAGACGUUUCUUCCAUUGUUUUGUUUAAAAUAUCUAUUUCCGUACAUUUCCAAGUGGGGGUUUUUCUAAGUGUUUUUGGUCAUCCUGGUUUUGUAAUACAUGUACCUUUAAAUACAUUUUUCACAAUUCUUAAACUACACAUGUCUGAGAAGUUAGUUAUUGAGUCGAGCUCAAGUCUAUGUUUAGAUGGUAUUCCCUAUUUAAACAACACAGACUUUUAGUUUCACUACUUUAUCCAAGUUUAUUACAUGUUUGUAGAUUAACUUGGUGUCCAUUUUCACGGGUUGAAACUAGGGUCUGCACCUUUAAAUGUGUUGAGGUAUCAUUAAAUAAAUAUUCCUUUCUUUUCUGUAGAACUAUAGUUGAUUUUUACUUUGUUUUGAUCCUGUUAAAACCAGAGUAGUUUUGUUUACUUCAAGCGGAUCUAGCGCUAAAUUAUUGUACACAAAUUUAAGUGCCUGUAAUUUAUGUGAUAUCAUUUUUAGUACAUACAGCUUCUGGCUCGUACUUUAUUUGAAACUUGAUGGUUAGUACCAUCUUUAAUGGCGUGUUCAAGGAGUAGCUUGCUAUUACAGUAUUUGCCCAUGUGAUGAAUGUUGGUAUUGUUGUGUUACAUUAAGAUGACACCAAUGCAUUAAACUCAAGUGGUGUGUGAUCACUGGAAUGUCGUGCUUUCGUUUACCUUUGAGACACCCAAUAGCCGAUGUGUAUUUCUGUGCUGGGGUGUCGUUAAACAUUCAUUCAUUCAUUCAUUUACUUUUUGGUGAAAGUAAUAAUGUAAAUUAUGGUAAACGGAUAAGUAAUCUUGAUUUGUUGUUACUAGCUGUAGAAUGUAAUAUCCAGUGAUGAUUGUGUUCUUAAAUGGUGCAUUGUUCGUUACAUAUAUUUUGCACUUGUAUCAGUUGCCUGUCUUAUAUUUGUAUUAUUUGAACCCCUAAGAAAAAAAGUGUCUUAGUUACUUUUUCAUGUUUUAGAAAAAAAGGCAUUAUAUAAUGUUGGUGUGUGAACCAUUACAUUUGAUUGAAACGCUGAGUGAAGCCACUUCUGUUCUUUUGGGGUCAUGCUUUGCUUUGCCACAAACUAAGACAGAAGUAUUUUCGUGCCAUUAAUAGAUUCUGUACAUGUAUAUGUUACACCAAUAAAAUUUGUAUAAAUGUUACCUUUAUACAUUUAUAAUAAAAAUGACUGAAUAAUG